UCUGUCCUUGUAGGGAAGCGCUUAGAGGAACAGCUCCCUGUAGUAGUACCAUUGCACCAAACUAAGAUGGCAUCUCUGUCAGCUGCCGCCUCAAGCUCCAUGCUCCUCCAGAAACCAACGGAGCUCCACCAACCUUCCUCCACCUCCCUAUUCACCCUGAAGAACAUCCCUACCACCGUCGCCAGGAGGAGCCUCAGGGUCUCCGCGGUCCAUGCGGAGAAGGUGCCGGCAGAAGGAGCAGCGGGGAAGGUGAAGGCCGCCGCCGCCGUCGCCGCCGCUGCUGCGCCGCCGGCUACUUCCAGCAAGAACUGGACCCUGGAGGGAUGGAAGAGCAAGAAGGCCCUGCAGCUGCCGGAGUACCCGAACCAGGCAGAGCUGCAGGCCGUGUUGAAGACGCUGGAGUCGUUUCCCCCCAUUGUGUUCGCAGGGGAGGCGAGGCAUCUGGAAGAGAGGUUGGCUGAGGCCGCCAUGGGCAAUGCCUUCGUCCUUCAGGGCGGCGACUGCGCGGAGAGCUUCAAGGAGUUCAACGCCAACAACAUCAGGGAUACCUUCCGGAUCCUGCUCCAGAUGGGUGCCGUCCUCAUGUUCGGAGGCCAGAUGCCCGUCGUCAAGGUGGGGAGAAUGGCAGGGCAAUUUGCGAAGCCAAGGUCGGAUCCGUUCGAGGAGAGGGACGGGGUGAAGCUGCCGAGCUACAGAGGGGACAACGUCAAUGGGGAUGCCUUCGAGGAGAAGGCGAGGAUCCCGGAUCCGCAGCGGAUGAUAAGGGCCUAUACCCAGUCGUCGGCGACGCUCAACCUCCUGAGGGCCUUCGCCACCGGUGGCUACGCCGCCAUGCAGAGGGUCACCAACUGGAACCUCGACUUCACUGACAACAGCGAGCAAGGCGACAGGUACCGGGAGCUGGCGCACAGGGUGGACGAGGCGCUGGGAUUCAUGGCAGCAGCCGGCUUGACGAUGGACCACCCGAUCAUGACUACGACCGAGUUCUGGACAUCGCACGAGUGCCUGCUGCUUCCCUAUGAGCAGGCGCUGACCAGGGAGGACUCCACCACCGGCCUCUACUAUGACUGCUCUGCUCACAUGCUCUGGGUCGGCGAGCGCACCCGCCAACUCGACGGAGCCCACGUCGAGUUCUUGCGCGGGGUCGCCAAUCCCCUGGGGAUCAAGGUGAGUGAUAAAAUGAACCCCAGUGAUCUGGUUAAGCUCAUCGAGAUCUUGAACCCCCAAAACAAGCCCGGGAGGAUCACCGUAAUCUUGAGAAUGGGUGCUGAGAACAUGAGGGUGAAGCUUCCACAUCUCAUAAGGGCGGUCCGCAGAGCAGGCCAGAUUGUUACUUGGGUCAGUGACCCCAUGCACGGCAACACCAUUAAAGCUCCAUGUGGUCUCAAAACCAGGCCUUUCGAUGCCAUCAGGGCUGAGGUGCGUGCUUUCUUUGAUGUUCAUGAGCAAGAGGGCAGCCAUCCAGGAGGUGUUCAUCUGGAGAUGACUGGUCAGAAUGUGACCGAGUGCAUUGGUGGAUCGAGUACCGUGACAUUUGACGACUUGAGCUCACGGUAUCACACCCACUGUGACCCAAGGCUCAAUGCUUCGCAGUCCCUUGAGCUUGCAUUCAUCAUCGCAGAGCGGCUACGCAAGAGAAGGAUUGGGUCUCAGAAACUGCAGGGCUCACCUUUUCCUUCGGCCUUUUGAGUUCUGUUAAACUGCAGUUAUUUCAUCAUUGUGGUCGAUAUUUUGGUUUAUUAUGUUGCUAAGCUGAAUGGUGGGAGUUCUCUGUUGUAAUUCCUACUGCGCCAUGCAAAGGUGUUUGUGAGAGUGGAUUUAAAUAACGAAGAAAUCGAGAUGUUCUAUCA